AUGGCCGAUAGAAGUCGCAGUAGAUCUCGUUCUCCCGAUCGUGGAGCCCCAGCGGAUGCACCACCAGCUGAUGCACCCCACGAUUCUGGCCCACCAGCCGAUGGUGGCGCUCCAGCCCCAGAUGGUGGAGGCGAAGAAGUUAAGCUUUACGUCGGAAACCUUGAUUAUGCCACUGAUGAAGGACGUCUUAGAGAAGAAUUCUCCCAAUUCGGAACUGUUACAGAGGUCUUUCUCCCAACUGAACGUGGUACUUCCCGCCCUCGUGGAUUUGGAUUUGUUACUUUGGCAUCUCGUGAGGGAGCCGAAAAGGCAAUUUCCAAGAUGGACCAAGCUCAGCUAGACGGACGUCAAAUUCGUGUCAAUGAGUCUAGACCCAAGGGUGAACGUCGCCCAGGCAUCGGUCCUGGAGGAGCCGGAACCUUCAACCCUGCUGGAAAGGAAGAAGUUAAGCUUUACGUUGGAAACCUUUCCUUUGAUACCCGCGAAGAAGACAUCAAGGGCAUGUUUGAGGAAUACGGAACUGUCUCUGACUGCUUCAUGCCCACUGAUCGUGACACUGGAAAGGUCCGAGGAUUCUGCUUCGUCACCAUGCCUUCUGCCGAUGCGGAGGUUGCUUGCGCCAAGCUGAACGGCCAAGAAGUUGAUGGACGUGCUCUGCGUGUCAAUGAAGCCCAACCCCGUGGAGGUGGUGGCGGCGGCGGCGGUGGCCGAGGAGGCGGCGGUUACGGAGACCGUGGUGGAGGCGGCGGCUACGGCGGCGGCGGUGGCUACGGAGGUGGCGGUGGCUACGGUGGAGGUGGUUAUGGCGGCGGUGGCGGCGGCGGUUACGACCGUGGUGGUUACGGCGGUGGCGGCGGCUACGACCGAGGUGGUGGCGGUGGCUAUGAUAGAGGUAGUGGCGGCUACGACGAUGGUGGUCGUGGUGGCGGUCGCGGUGGAUAUGAUGACCGUGGCGGCUACGGUGGUCGUGGAGGAGGAGGCUACAGCGGUGGUGGUGGAGGUGAGAAGAGCUACGACGACUACAGAGGUGGUGGCGGCGGCGGCUACAGUGGCGGCGGCGGUGGUUACGGCGGCGAUCGUUACUAA